GUUGAAUGCACCAAACUGAGUUUACCUGUACUGAUAAAUGUCCGAGCUUUAAAUCUUAAAUCUAGAGGAUCUGUUAAAACAUAUUUGGCUGAAUCUAUUAAUGGACUCUUGGGAUUGUCACUUUAAUCUUCAAUAAGCUCCCUGGAACUAAUAAAAUACUCACCCUGAGUGCAAGUGUUGAAUGGAAUCAGGAAUACAUGUUAUAAUUUGGACUUGACGGCAAGGAUUUUAACACAUUUUACCCUAACUGCAUGUUGAUGAUGUUGUUGAUGAUGAUGAUGAUGAUCACACCAUAUCAAGCGUAUCAUUAAGAUUAUUAUUUUCACUUGAAUUCAACUAGCUAAUCAGUAUUGUAGGAUGCUCGGUAUAUACAGUAAAUAACCAGUGUUACCAUGGUAGCUGUUUUGAUGUCAAUAGGGAUUGGUGUAGGUGUUUUGAUCCUCACAGUUAUCAUUAUAAACCUCAUCAAGUUCUUACAAUGGCAUGGUAAUAUGGUCAGGACUCUGUCUCAUUUUCCAGGACCUAAAACACAUUGGUUGUUUGGAAAUGCACUCCAGAUUGAAUCCUUUGAUGGAUUUUUCAAAAAGAUGUUUAAGGAAUAUGUGGAAGAAAAAAGAUGUAAAGCUUUCGUCUACUGGUUAUUUGUUGUACGACCUUUACUGACCUUGACCCAUCCAGACACUAUAAAGGUCGUUAUGAAGUCAACUGCACCAAAGUCUAGAAAAGGGGCAGGAAUCUCCUUUAUGUUACCAUGGAUAGGUGAAAGUUUACUGGUUGCAGAUGGACCAAAGUGGGAAAGAAACAGAAGAUUGUUAACACCAGCGUUUCAUUUCUCCAUUUUAAAUGGGUACUUCAAAAUAUACAAUGAUGUGACAGAUACAUUAUUAGAGAAGUUUGCAGAGGAAAGUAAGAAUGGAAAAUAUGUGGAAGUGUUUCAAUAUUCAGGACUGGCUACAUUAGAAAUCUUGUUACAGUGUGCUCUGUCAUACAAAGGGAAUAUACAAGAUGUAGGGGAAAGCCAUCCAUAUGUUAAAGCUGUUAAAAGAAUGAUUGAACUAACACUACAUAGAUGUCUAAACAUUAACUUGUAUCCAGAAUUUCUAUUCAAGCUGUCACCUAGUGGUAAAGAAUUUUUCAAGCUCUGUGAUUAUGUUCAUGAGUUUUCAGAAGAUAUUAUUUUGAAGAGAAAAGAUGAUUUGAAGGACGACUCCAAAACAAAGAAGAAAAGACAGUUGGAUUUUCUGGAUAUUUUGUUAACAGCGAGAGAUGAAUCUGGUAAAGGAUUGACUAAUGUAGAGAUCAGAUCUGAGGUGGAUACAUUUAUGUUUGCUGGUCACGACACUACAUCCAGUGUGUUGAGCUGGAGUAUAUACAGUUUAGGCAAACACAAAGACAUACAGGACAAAGUUUAUGAAGAGGUCAGAGGGGUCAUUGGGGACAAACAGUAUGUUGAUUGUGAAGACAUAUCUAAAAUGAAAUAUUUAAGCUGUUUUCUGAAGGAAGUAAUGAGACACCACACCCCAGUACCAGUUAUCAGUAGGAUGUUAGAUGAACCAUGUAUUAUUGAAGGUAUAGAGAUACCUAAAGGCAGUUUUAUAGAUAUGGCUAUCUAUCAUGCUCAUCAUCAUCCUGAUGUAUGGGAGGAUCCAUGGGAAUUUAAACCAGAGAGAUUUGAGGGAGACAAACAUCAUGAUAUGGAUCCCUACAGUUUUACUCCCUUUUCAGCUGGACCAAGAAAUUGUAUUGGCCAAGCCUUUGCACAAAAUGAAGAAAAGGUCCUAAUUGCUAGACUAGUCAAUAGAUUUGAAAUUACUGUAGAUCCCGAUCAUGAAGUAGAACAUUUUAUAGAGGUGGUGAUGAGAGCCAAAAAUGGUAUUAUGGCCAGCUUUAAAGAAAGGCCUUAACUGCCAUGAAGUUCACAUAUACAAAAUAUUAAUAGACAGUGUGACUGUUUGAGUCCUGAUAUCCAUAUUAUCUGUCUUAUAUUGGAAAUUAGCUAAACAGUUCAAUUAUAGAUUAAGUAUAUAACUAUAAAAUGGUAUAUGAACCGAUACAGUUGUACCUCAUUAUGAUAAUCAGGGUUGCAUUUAGACCUUGGAUGAAUUAAGGUAUAUUCCUAGGUCUUGCAAAGAUUUCCACCUGCAUUUGGUUAUAGGCUUCUACUGUGUGGCCUGGCAUAUAAUGGCACACAUAUUCUUCCUCCCAUAUAUUUUGUCUUGUUUUUCAAUUAAUCAGACUAUUCAACCGACUGCUUUGGGUUGCAAAUAAUUUAGUAUAAAUUUCCUUUUCGUAUAAAUUAAAGAAAUUCAUACAACUUGUCAAUCACCUCCCACCAUUAACUUUCAUAUGCUGUUAUCAACUAACUGUGAUUUGCUGCCUGCAACUUAAUAAAACUUUCUUACCUUUUGCACAGUCAAACUUAAAUACCUCUUACUCAGCCCACAUUUUCUAAAUCCUGAAAUGUAAAACAGAAAUCCCUCAGUAAAAGUUAAAGCCUAUGCUCAUUUUUUAAAUAAAGGUGCAAUACAUAUUCAUACAUCUAAUACAGUUAAAAAGGCCUCUAUUGGCAAGACUAGUAUUUAAGUAAUUUAAUUAAUUGGAUGCAGUUAUAGUAUUCUGUGAACUUAUUUGAUAAGCUAAUUUGUUUUUGACAUUUUUCAAGAAAUUUAAUGCUAUAUAAUUAUAAAUUGUAUUGAAUGUGUAACCCCUUAUAAAGAUAUAUUUCAGAAAGUUUAGAAAAAUUGCAAAAAACUAAUUGCUGUGAAGUUGACUUAAACAUAGCUUUUUAAAAAGUAUGAAUAAUUAAAUCAUUCAAUUGACAAAGUAUAAAUGAUUUGAAAAUUUUAGAUGAUUAUGUUUGAACUAUUGUUUUGAAAAUGUAAACAUUUCUCCGGACCUGUUUUUGUCAGCAGUUACCUCCUUAAUGUAUAUUGAUCUAAUUUUGUAAACAUAAUAUCUGUUAUUUUUGCCAUAUGAUUACUGCCUUGAGUUAUCACUAAGUUGCAAAUCCCUCUUAGUUGACCUUUAGCAGUUUUUGCUAUUCUAGAUCUGUUUUAACUCUUAGUUUUAUGCUGUAAAAUGUUUCAUGACAUUUAGAUUUUUAAACUUACCAUUGAUGACAAUGGUUGGUUUAUGUUUUGUUCUAAUGAACUCUAUUUCUUACAAAUUUUUGCCUUUUAGAAAGGUUAACAUUCUUUAACAUUUUUGAAUUUUAGGUUUUUAGCAGUAGUGUUGUAUUUAUAAGAGGUUGUUCCCAAUGAAUUAUAUGUUAAUAUUUUUAUUUUCACUUCUGAAUUGUUUCAUAUUUUGGCAUACUUAAAAAAUGUGAUAGUUUGUUUUUACACAUACUGUUUUUAUCAUUGCUUGCCACCAUUUACUUUUUGAGAAAUUAUUACUUUCUAUCUCAUAUGCUACUACAAUCAAGACUAUGUUUUACAAGUCUGUUGUUAAUGAUGCAGUGGUUGUUGCUGAUAUUUUAUUGCUUUUUUUAAAUCUUUAUAUUAGUGAGGUUACUUUCUUUAGUUAUAUUGUAUUACCCUAAGCAUGAAUUUGCAUUAUAUUACUUUUUAUUCCCUUACCGAUGAAGUCAAAGUUGGCUUUAGGUUUGCACUUGGUCCCUCUGUCUGUCCAUCCGCCAGUCUGACAAAUCAGUUUUUCACACUUAUCUUUCUUCAUGUUUGAAGAUAUUGAUUUAAUAUUUGGUAUAUUUUUUAUCAUAACAAGUUACAGAUGCAGUUCAAAUUUUGUUCCGGUUUGAUGAUUUUGUGCAGAGUUAGUGACUUAGUACAAUCACUGUCUAAAUAGAGAUUUUUAACUGUUUCUUUCCUAAUUUAUUCGAAAUAGUGCAAUGAGGUGAACAUCCUUUAGUCACUCCUUAUCCAUGACCAUGUCAAGCAAUUCAGUAAUAAUGUACGCUCAGUAUUUCAAGUUAAAUAAAUGUCAUGUGUAUGUAUUACUGUACUAGUUUAAAAAUCCAUUAUAUUAAAAUUAUCCUUAAAGUUGUAAAAAGUAUUACAUGGUAUACCUAUUUUACCUGCAAUGUCAUAGGAAGAUAACUCUUUUCAAAACAUUGCCUUAAUAAAGGAUGAAUACAGUGUAAAUCAUAAUAAACUUUAAUAAGUUUAAAACCAAAAAGAGAUAGUAAACUGCUUUCCUUAGUGCACACAAGCGCUUUGAUUAAAUAGCAUCAAUUAUUUGUUGUUAAGAUAAGAUAUUGUGUUGUAUUUUACUUGCAUGCUUUUUGUAAUUAUUAUAAGAUAAUGUAUGUUAUAAUAAAUAAUAUAUUUUGCAAGUAGUUUAAAUUAGUAGAAUGCAGAUUAAUUUCCAGAAAACAUAAUGUAACCUUCACCUGUUACUUUAAACAGUUGAAAAAAACAAUUUUCAAUACAAAUGUUAUAUUUUACUCAAAGUGGACCUAGUAGGCAAGUAAAAAUUUUCAAAAAGACUCAGUUGACAAUUUAAAUGUAUCCACCUAGCACAUGGCUUUAUUGUGUAUCAGUCAAUUUAUGUUAUCUAUACUCUUGGGUAAACCUGAUAUAAAUAAUUCUAUGGGGUAAUUGUCUUUAAAUGUCAAAUGUCAUUUGUAAACAAGUGAAACUUUCGCUAGAUUGCACAAGUAUUAAUGUAUGUUUUGGUAUGUUGAUACAUAUUUGGCCAGUUAUAUCUCUGUUGUACAUCUGCAUAGGUCGUUUCUUCUGCUUGGUGACAACCAACAAAAUUCCUAUACUUCUUGUGGUAUGACCCUUGUUAUUGCCAGCUGUUUGGCCAUAAUAUAAUCUCAUUUUGGUAGGAUCCUUGAUCUUGAAUUGAUGAUUUGGCAUCAGGUUGUCUUUCAUUUUGUCUGUCCUUAGGUACCAUCUAAUUUGUGAUUUCAAAUUUUUACAUAAUCUGAGCAAUGUCUUUUAAGGUUAUGGAAUAUUUUUGCGUCUUUUAAAUUCCUCAGGGUCAAUAUAAUUAAGAGUGUCGUGAUCUUUAAUUAUUUUAUUGCAAGGCUGUUUAAUUUAUUUUUAUUAACUCCCACAUAAUAAAAUGUUAUGAACUCAUACUUGUUGUCCUUCAGAGUUACAACUGUUACUUAAACUUCAGUUUGUGGACAUCAUAAUGAGCUUUUCUAUCUAUGUUCUCUUCUUUAUUUGGCAUCUGCUUUGUUUUUCUUGCUAAGGUAUAUCGUUCAUCUCAAAAUUGUAUUCGUAAAAAUCAUGUGGAUAUAACUUAGUGUCUCUGGUAUGUUUUAUUGUCUCUAUUCAGCGAACUGUUAUAUUGUCUGUAAAAACAUAGACUUUUACUGUUGGGAAAACUUGGAUAAAAAUGUUUGACACCGUUCUUUGGUAAUAACCCUCCGUGUAAUGUAUGUGCCAUUUCUGUUAAUUUUCAUCCAGUGAUCGAACCCUGAAGUUCAAGUUUAGUGUUUGGAUAUAUUUGUCAAAGGACAUAGCCAAUUGCAAACUCAGAUGCAUCUACUUGUACUGACAAAACAAGUCUAUUAAAUUAGAGACAUAUAAUAUACACAGAGAUUGGCAACUCCGUGAAAUCAAGCGGCCUUGAAUGGGAUUCUCGUCAAUAAUUAUCUUACAAAUUGGGGAGGAAUAACCCCUGAUAGGUAAUCAAGAAAAUGGGUAAAUUAUUUAAUAUUAGAUAUUUUUGUUACUAAAAAGCUAUUUGAAAUCGCUGUAUUUAUGUUAAUGAAUUUAUUUAGAAAAUUGUAUUUUUCAGCAUUUCUUUUAAUUUAAAAAUUGAAAAUCGGGAAAGGAGUAGAUAGGUCCGGUAAGACCCUUUUUUGUCCCCAAAAUAUGGCAGUUUUACAAAAUUGUUAAAAUGUAAACUUUUAGUUAUUUAUUGGAUAGUAAAAUGGUUCUGCUACAUAAAUAUGGACUGUUUUUGAAAAUACAAUGCACAUAUAUUGGGUACUAGCACCAUAAAGUCAUGCUAAAUUACUGAAAUCGUAACAAUUUCAGCAUUUUACUUAAAUUUUAGACGGUUUCCGUGUAUAAAGAAAGUGGCCACAUUCGUGUUCAUCCAAAAUAUUGAAAUGGAAGUUGUAUUUGAUGAUGAUACAUAACAUAUAUAAAGGUUGAGGAUGAACACGGAUGGGGCCAAUUUCGUUUUGGACAAAAACCAUGUGAAAAGUGACAUUUUUCCGCAUAUUUAGUAGAUUUUCCGUAUUUGAGCUUGAAUCGGAUCGUUUUUAAUGACGAAAUAAGUUUAAAUCUUUCACAUAAAUUAAUCGAAACCAUUGAAAUAGAAACUUAAGUGUUUAAAAAGUGGUCAAAAUCUUUCAUCAGAUGAAACUAAAAUUUGAGGCCAAAAUCGGUCCUUACCGGACCUACUCCUUUUAAAUGGUUUACAAGAAACAUUUGUGUACCACAUUUCUUUAAUACAGCUUGAUUCUUUUAAAUUACACAAUGAAAUUAUAGGUGUCAGAUUUUUAGGUAAUUAGUUCCUUAGAGUUGUGACUGCAGAUUCACAGGUGUAUAUGUUACAGUAAAUACGUGAAAUUAGGAAUGACACGUAAUUACUACACAAUUCAGUAAAUACCUGUAAUUACUUUUUUUUAAGUGUUAUAAUAUUUUAUUUGAAUUUUACAUUUGUUAGAGAUACAUGAAGUACCGGUACCUUAUCCCGGCCUCGUUAACGUUAGUAUAUAGCAUUUUAUUGAUAAGUUAGAACUUGUUAGAGCACAAUAUGUAUAUAUAGUAAUAAUGACAUGUAUGUAACUGAAUAGAAAUAUGAUAGCACGAUGUAUAAUAAAUUUAUGAAAUUAAUUUAAUUUUUGCUGCAACCAGAUUAUGGAAUUUUUCAUAUUUGCCUUCUUUAUUUAUCAAUAUUUCAUGAUAUUGAAGAAAUUCUUUUUUGAAAAUUUCAAACAUAUUAAUUUUUUGUACCUGUAAUUACUAAUUAUUUUUUUUACAGCUAUUCACAAACUUGAUAUUUUAAUUUGUAUUAAAAUUGAGACAUACAUCAAUAUACCAAAUAAUAAAGUAACGGGGUAGGGAUUGUAGAGAUUACGUAUAUGUAAAGGAAUCAAAGACUGUAUGUUUUAUAAAUUUGUUUGUGAAUUGAAAUAGGGAAAUGGUUGCUUUAUAAUUUUUGAAACUCGCUAAAAAUCGUUUUCAACAUGCAAGACAAUCAUAUAAUCAAUAUAUGAGAAAUACAUUUGUGAGAAUUCUCGUUCGUUCUUUUUGAUGAUAGACAUUCUAUUAUGCCAUAUAUGGUUGAAAGAUAAUGAUUAUUCAUCAGGAAACAUUAAAAUCUCUAUUAAUAAGCAUACUUUGCAUAUCAAUCAGACUAACUUGACAUAUGAAAUAAUUUAAUUCAUCAGACAAAUUAUUUUAAACUAAGACUUCUGUUGUUAGAAUUUGCAUUGAAAUAGGGACGAAAGAUACCAGAGGGACAGUCAAAUUUAUAAAUUGAACAUAAACUUACAACGCCUGGCUAAAUAUGAAAGAAGACAAAUAGACAAACAAUAGAACCAAUGACACAUGACAUAGAAAACUAAAGAAUAAGCAACUUGAAGGUGACAUUCUUCAUAAAUAAAAUUAUACAAAAUGAUGGCUUUAAGUGUCUCUUUUAUAUGACUUUCUAAAGACCUCCAAACUUAAGCCUGUAUAUGUAACAAAAAAUUUGUUCCGGCGUGACAUUUGUUCCUCUGGAACAAAUUUCAUAGGAAAUAUGUUCCAGCGGAACUUAUGUCACAGAAAAUAUGUUCCAGCACUAUAAAAUUUGUUCCAGAACUAAUUUUCUAACCAAGUGUGAAAUAAGUUCCGGAACAAAAAUCACAGCACUAUGACAAUGUAUGAGUUUUGUUCCAAUAUUAAAAUUUAAAAAAAGUGAAUUAAGUUUGUGUGAUAUUAGUUUUGAAAGAAGGUAUUUUAUAGAAAUCAAUGAAAAUGUUCUGAUGAAACCUGUUUCACAGGAAAUAAG